AUGGGGCACGAAGAAGUGUCAAAGGCAUAUCGCGUUUACGACAUUGGAGCGGACCAAGUGGUGAUAUCUCGCGAUGUCACAUUCGACGAAUCAACGCUUGGUUUCUCGCCGAGACUACCACAAGAAAUUGUUGAUGACACUGCGCUGGAUAUCGAAUCGAUGAACAUCAGCGAUGAGCCUCACCCCAUGCAGUUCAAGCAAACUGGAAAACGCAAAAGCCGUUCAAACAGUCAAGAACAAGUUCUACAACGGACACUUCUUGAGCGUCGUGGAACCGGGUUAGAAGAAGCAAGUGCCCCGGAUGACUCUGAAUCGCACCAAGCGAAGCGACGAUCAAGCGCUCGAGACAAUCUGGACGAAGAGCAAAAGGGCAGUGACGAAGAUAACGAGGAUGCUACACCUCAAGUCUUUUGGCGAGCGAGUGCCAAUGCAGUCGAAGGUACUGACUUGUCUGAGCCGACAACGUUUGGAGAUGCUGUUGGUGGACCAGAUCAAGUGCAUUGGCGUAAGGCAAUCUGUGCCGAGUUGGACUCGAUGAAACUUCGUGGCGUGUUUCGAGCGACCAAACUGCCAUGCUGGACAGCAUACCAUUGGCACCAAGUGGGUAUUCAAGAUCAAACGGAAAGCUGA